CAAGGAGGAAGAACACGCAAGGAGAGAGGAAGAACUACAGAUGAAAAAUACAAGACGCACAAAACAGGAAAAGAGAGUCAGAGGAGUUGUUCUUCCAGCAGAGGGCGCAGCUCAUGGCUCAGAUCUCGGACUUGGAUCAGGCUCUGGUCCGACAGGAACAGGAGCACAAGACCGAACUGGAGAAAGCGAAGAAGGAACAAGAGGAACGCAUCGACAGAAAAGUCAAAAUGCUGAUGUGGCAGAGGCGGCAGGUGGUGGAGGAGGAGGAGCAGGCGUUGCUCCUGUCGCAGUGGCGCAGGGAGCAGGAGCAGAACGACAGGUGCAGGGAGGAGAUCGCGGACGCCCAGAGGGAGACGGACGAGCUCCGGGACGAUAUCAAACUCCUGAGGGACCAACAGAGGGAGAUCCACCUCCGCACACACACCACCAAACAAAAAUGCGAAGACAUGAGGAAGAUCAACCAGACCCUCAAGCAGGAGAUGGGGAGGUUGUCCAGGAAGUUGAAGGACCUGAGCAAGAGAAAGUUGAGUCUGAACGAGGAGAAGGUGAAAUCUGAGGAGCUCACCGACAAACUCAGGGAUGACUACAGAGUUCUGUGCCUGAAGCGGGAGGAACAGAGAGUGGAGAUCCUCAGACUGAAGGAGGAGGAGAAAAGAGCGAGGAGGAGGAGGACACACAACGAGACGAACCUACGCAUAGCCAUCGAUGUCCUGCGGGAGAUCAUAGAGGUGGAACAUAACCGCAGACAGAUGCGUCGGAUGCCCCCCUCCUCUGAACCUGCCUCCUCUGAACCACAUCCAUCAAACAGGUCUGGUCCAGGGUCCAGGUCUGGUCGGGUCCCGUGGGUCCGGUCUGGUGUGGGGCGUCUGUGUGAGUUGGAGAAAUACCUGUUUCCUGCAGACUCUGACCUCUGA